AUGGUUGAGAUAGCAUUGGGCGCUGUGUGGAUUGCUUCGCUGAAGACCGACCUGAACUUUGGCCAAGUUAUCCAACCCAUCCUCAUACCGGGCCUCGCAUUUUUCAACGCGAUCCCCUCACUUCACUUGCAUGUCCUCGCCCGGAUCAACCCACCGCGACUGGCGUUAUGGUUCUCGACCACUUUUAGCAUAUUACAUUUCGUCAGCUCCAUCCUCUUCCUCGGGGCCUGCGUCAACAACAAUGCCAAUGGCCCGUUACAGCGGAACGAAUGCCCUUCUGGAACGGGCGGGAAUGAGAGUAUCUGGGAUGUCAUGGUCGCACUGCAGUUUGUCAGUGGAGUAUUGUAUGCGCUUGUCGCGGCUAUGGCGUGGAAGGUCAAACGAGUCCUUGAGUCGAGGGAUGAAAGAAUCGCCCAAGGCACAGAGAUGGUCAGCCAGGAAGAGAAGGAAAGACGGGAGAGUGAGGCGAGGGAGAGGUGGAAGUAUCUUUCUGCUGGUUGA